AAAUGGCGCUGCCCAUGAGACAAAUCACGCGAAAAAUCUUCUGGAGAAAAGUUUUAUCACGUUGUAGAUUUUCAACAAGUUGUACCCAUUUUCACCAUGAUAUUGUAAGAGUACGCUUUGCUCCAAGUCCAACGGGAUAUCUGCAUUUAGGUUCAUUACGAACGGCCCUCUUCAAUUAUUGCCAAGCAAAAACGAAUGGAGGAGUUUUCAUUCUGAGGAUAGAAGAUACGGACCAGAGCAGAAAAGUUGAAGGAGCAACAGAAAGUAUCAUGAAAGUGCUGGACUGGGCAGGAUUAUCUCCAGACGAAGGUCCACUAGUAGGAGGUGAGCAUGGGCCCUACAUCCAGUCAGAAAGAAAACAAAUCUACCAGGAAGCCACAGAAACACUGCUCAAGAAAGGUGCUGUCUAUCCAUGCUUUUGCACAGAAAAUCGACUGAAUUUAUUGAGAAAGGAAGCAUACAGAAGGAAGGAGAUCCCCAAAUAUGAUAACAAAUGUAGAGAUUUAACGACAGAAGAAAUUGAAGAAAAGAAGUCCCAAGGUAUUCCAUGGGUAGUACGACUGAGGGUGGAUGACUGGAGUCGGGCGUGGGAUGACAUGGUGUAUGGACACAUAGCAAUCAACCACCAGGAAGGUGACCCUGUGCUAAUGAAGGCAGACGGUUAUCCCACGUACCAUUUUGCGAAUGUUGUGGACGAUCAUCUCAUGAAGAUUACACAUGUGCUACGAGGAGAAGAAUGGCAAUCCUCCACACCUAAACACCUUGUACUUUACCAGGCCUUUGGCUGGGAUCCACCCAAGUUUGCUCACCUACCUCUCAUACUGAAUUCGAAUGGGACUAAGUUAUCAAAGCGACAAGGUGAUAUCACUGUGGACUAUUUCAAGAAAAAAGGUUACUCUCCACGGGUGCUGUUGAACUACCUCACGUUGACUGGUGGAGGAUUCGGGACGUCUUCCUUGACCCCGGAGUGUUUCUCACUAGACCAGCUCGUACAGAAGUUUGAUUUAAAGAAUGUGACUUCCCAUUCUGGUCGGCUACAUCCUCAGAAUUUAGAGAUACUUAGCAGAAAGCUCUUACUAGCAAAGCUUGAGACGAAGGAGGGCCAGAAUGAGCUUGUCCAGUAUACCAUACAACUGGUCAAGGAUCACUAUAGAAACAGAUCAUCAGAUGAAGACCUGGCGAAGUUUAUAUUUAAUGAGGACCAUAUUGGUAGUCUGUUGAAAUGGGCGUUACCGGAAAGGAUAACAAGGCCUGAAGAUCUGCUUGGAGAACAAUUCAUAUUUCUGUGGGAAGUGCCUGAUAAAACUGAUAUAGCUACCUUCUUACAAAAGACUGGUGAAGAUAGCCAUAUGUUUAUAAAUGUUGGCUUAGAAAUUGUUGAUACAGUGGAACAGUUUGAAGCAGAGAGUAUUAAUGCAGCACUCAACAAGAAAGCCAAAUCUUUAAAAAUUUCUCUAAAGAAGUUAAUGCCAAUACUAAGAUAUGUGCUAUUCUCAACAGUGGAAGGGCCAAAAGUUGGUGAAAUAAUGUUUGCUUUGGGGAAAGAACAGACUGUGUUUCGUCUACAGAGGGCUUUAGAGCUCAGUGAUAUCAGUGCUGUGUAGAAAUAUAUAAAACAAUGUACAAUAUUAUAGCCACGGAAAUGUGAGAAUCAGAUUUGUUUUCAUCUGCAUCUGCAUCAUCAUCAUCAUCAUCAUCAUCGUUGUCAUUGUCAUCAUUUUUAUGGUCAAGUAUGUUUAAAGUAUGUAAGCCCUUCUACCAAAAUAUGAGGUCGAAAAUUCUAGUACUUAACAGGAUUUGUUCAGAGCGAUACUGCAUUGAUGUAUUUUCAUUUUUGUCUUCAAAAUUUUUUAACACUUUCUAUAAAAAAGACUACAGGGAAAAACUGCUUAAUUCUAUUUUGUAAUUUUAUUUUAAAUUACACAAUUUUCCCAUUGCUUUUGAGUAAUGAGAAAAAAUUUUCAAGAGUGUUUCCAAAUUAAUGACAUUAAGAAGAGCUUCAGAAGUACAAAAUCUGUAGAGACAUGCUGUUUUCCUGUAGUUUCGGGUUACCUUUAAUUCACUUUAUCAAUGUCACAACAGACAAAUAUGUUAAAAGGAACAAAAAAGAGAGAGAGAGAAAUGUUAAUGAUCAAAGCCCAUUGUCUUUCUGUUUUCCAAGAAACUUGAGGAUUUUUUUUUUAUGUGUCAAAAAGAAAAUAAACGUACAAUGAAAUGUU